AUGUUGAACAAUGCUUGUCAAAGAGAAGCUAAACAAACAACCUCCCAGAGCAUAGACGAAGCAAUGAUACGAUUCAAGGGUGUAUCAUCUUUGAAACAAUAUAUGCCUGCUAAACCUAUCGAAAGGGAAUUCAAGGUUUGGGUUCAUGCCGAUAGUUCUACUGGUUAUGUAUACGAAUUCCAGAUUUACACCGGUAAAAAUAAAAACAAUACACCGGAGUUAGGUCUGGGUGAUAAUGUUGUCAAAUCCUUGACAAAAACUCUAAUUGACGAGAAAGUUCAAGCGCACGUAGCUUUCGAUAAUUUUUGCCUCAUAUCUUUUGAUGCAGUACCUUUAUGA